CUAAAGUGUCGCGCGUAUCUAAUUACCUACUUAGUUUAAAAUUUGAAUCUGUACCAUCAUGAUGAGUUUCAAUUUCCUCUUCAUUAAUUUGUUUCUUGUUUUAAAUGUUUUAAUUGUGAUUUCUACAAAUGAGGUGUUUCCUACAUACGAUAACUUCACGACUAAAUGCAAGCUGCGUUGUUCUUUGUAUGAAAAACUAUUACUAAAUAUGUCUAACGCAGGUUUUGACUCAGACUGUAUGACUUUGACGAGGUUCGUCCUCGCAGAGCAGAAAAAAGUUCCUUCAGCAACUGGCGAUUUAACUCAAUUACUUACUUCUAUUCAAACCGCAGUAAAAGCUGUUAGCUCAGCAGUACGGAAAGCUGGCAUAGCACAUUUAUAUGGAAUAUCUGGUUCAGUGAAUGUCCAAGGAGAAGAAGUAAAAAAAUUGGAUGUCCUUUCGAACGAAUUAUUCAUAAAUAUGUUAGGUUCAUCUUACAAAGUCUGUACAUUAGUCACUGAAGAAAAUGAAGAAGCGAUCGAAAUUGAAACCGAAAAACGAGGAAAAUACGUGGUUUGCUUCGAUCCUCUCGAUGGUUCUUCCAAUAUAGAUUGUUUAGUAUCAAUAGGCUCAAUUUUCGGUAUAUACAGGAAGCAAAAUGCAGAUCCACCUUGUGCCAAAGAUGCUCUUCAGUGUGGUAGGAGUCUCGUUGCUGCUGGUUAUGCUUUGUAUGGUAGUGCAACGAUGAUGGUACUCGCCUUAGGUAAAGGAACCGGUGUUAAUGGAUUCAUGUUAGAUCCAUCCAUCGGAGAAUUCGUACUGACAGAAAGAAACAUUCAAAUACCAAAACAGGGUAAAAUUUAUAGUAUAAAUGAAGGAUAUUCAUCACAGUGGGACGAUGCAAUCAAGGAAUACGUUAACAAGAAAAAAUUCCCGGAGAGCGGUAAACCUUACAACGCACGUUACAUAGGCUCAAUGGUCGCUGAUGUCCAUAGAACGUUAAAAUAUGGAGGAAUAUUUAUGUACCCGGCAACGAAAGAUGCACCUAACGGCAAAUUGAGAUUAUUAUACGAAGCUAUUCCAAUGUCACAUAUCGUAGAAGAAGCUGGUGGCUUAUCAUCUAACGGCAACAUAUCAAUUUUAGAUGUGCAACCUACCAAGAUACACGAAAGAUCUCCGAUAUUCUUAGGGUCGCAGAACGACGUUUCAGAAUUAUUAGAAAUUAUUAAAAGUAAAUCUAAGUGAAAAUGUAUAGAUAUAAUUAUUUUUUUAACAUGAUUUUUAAUGCAAUAAAUAAUAUCAUAAAUACCCGUGAAUUAAGAAAAAGACAUUUCGAUUAAUCUGUAUCACAAUAGCAUUAGAAAUCGAAUCUACGAUUUAUGAAAUCAUAAUGUGUAUCUCAACUUAGUUGGAAUAAAAAUUUUAUUACCUA